AUGUCUCGCUGUCCACUAAUCCAGUGCACCCCUCAACUGCACUCAGACCUUAAAUUCGUCAUCGCCGAUCAGCCUGAUUUGCUGAAAGCGGAUUCAAGUGUCCGGUCACAUAUUUCCAAGCGGGGUUGGAAAGCUUACACGAAACCCGGCCGUCCAAAAGGACGUCGGGGACGGGAUAAGGAACAGAAAAUUGUCUUUGAAUGUGUCAGCCAAGAUGUCGACCAGUUAUGUUGGCAACUUCCUCCCGUCGAAAGGCAGCUCGGCGGCGGCCGGGUCGAUCCCUUCAGAACCUAUCCUGGUCCUUGGAACCCGCAGGUCCCUGGCCUCGUGGAUCACUAUCUCGUACACAUGGCAGUAGAUAUCCCAGAGUUAGACCAGCCCGGAAAUAAAGGUCUUUUGCGCACGAGCUGGUUCCCGCUGGUCCUAUCUCAAGAGGCGCCCUUCCAGACAAUUCUUUUACUUUCUGCCGCCAACAUGUCAUCAGUCUCUGGUACCUCCAUUUCACCAAGCCAUAUCCUGCAACUCAGGCUCCAGGCAAUUUCGGCGAUCAAUGCACUGAUGGUUACAAAUGAUGACAUGAGCGACGCGCUUAUUGGGGCUGUUGCAAAGAUGGCUAGCUUUGAGGCGAUGCAUGGAGGUGUCGAGGCGUAUCGAAUACACAUGCAGGGGCUCUACGAUAUGGUUGAACAAAGACACGGACUGAAUGUACUUGGUUUGAAUGGGCUCUUGCGUCGAAUCAUUAUCUGGAUUGAUAUCAAUUCGUCCUUCCUUCUGCAGAUUCCGCGUCGGUUUCCUGGUGAAUAUUUUACAAACAGAGGGGGCUCGGUAGAACCUAACCUAGAAAGGUUUAUUGCACCAUAA